CCUAUUUGAUGCUUGAAUGUUGAUGUGAUAAUCCAAAAGGGGCAUUGGCUAUGCUUGUUGAUAAUUAACAUUCAUAAUCUUUGUCUUAGAGACAGAAAUCAGUUAUUAACAGUUAAUAUCCAUUUCCAUCCGUUGUGGGAGAUGUUGGUCAUUCCUCGAGCAUCAAUUUCGUUCCGUUUUUUUAAUAAAUUCACCAUUCUACUAAGCUUAAAUGCUCUCCAUUCUGUCAAAUCCAAAACUACCAUACCUCGUAUAGAUUACAGCGCCAAUUCAAGCGUGGCACAAUCCAAUUGGCUCAUCACUAAGCUUAGCGAAGAAGGUAAAAUCAGCCAAGUACGGAAACUGUUCGAUCAAAUGCCUGAUAGAGAUAAAGAUGUAAUAACUUGGACUGCACUGAUUUCUGGGUAUAUCAAGCUUGGCUUGAUUGAGGAAGCAAGGAGACUGUUCGAUAGAGUUGAUUCAAAGAAGAAUGUGGUAACGUGGACCGCGAUGCUAAGUGGUUACAUGAGGUCAAAUCGAAUUUUAGAAGCCGAGAGGUUGUUUGAGGAAAUGCCGGUUAAAAAUGUUGUAUCUUGGAAUACAAUGGUUGAUGGAUAUGUGCAAAAUGGGAUGGUUGGUAAGGCUUUUGAAUUGUUCCAGGAAAUGCCUGAGAGAAACGUGGUGUCAUGGAAUACGAUGUUAACCGCAUUGGCACAAUGUGGAAGGGUUGAGGAUGCAAGGGGAUUGUUUGAUAGGAUGCCUAAAAGGGAUGUUAUUUCGUGGACAGCGAUGGUUGCUGGGUUGGCGAAGAAUGGGAAGAUUGAUGAGGCUAGGAGGGUUUUUGAUAGGAUGCCUGAGAGGAAUGUAGUCUCGUGGAAUGCAAUGAUCACUGGGUAUUCGCAGAACAUGAAGUUGGAUGAGGCUUUUGAGUUGUUUGAGAGGAUGCCAGAGAGGGAUUUGUCUUCCUGGAAUGCGAUGAUCACAGGGUUUAUUCAGAAUGGGGAGUUGAAGAGGGCUGAGAAAUUAUUUGAUAAGAUGCCACGUAAGAAUGUUGUUUCUUGGACUACUAUGAUUACAGGAUAUGUACAAGAUGAGCAAAGUGAGGAAGCAUUGAAGAUUUUCUCAAAAAUGUUGGCAGAGGAUGGGAUAAAGCCCAAUGAGGGAACUUUUGUGACUGUUUUGAGUGCAUGUAGUGACUUAGCUGGUCUGUUUGAGGGACAGCAGGUUCAUCAGACAAUAGCUAAAACAGUUUAUCAGUGUAGUGAAAUUGUUGUAUCUGCAAUUAUUAGUAUGUAUUCAAAAUGUGGGGAAUUGAAUGCUGCUAGGAGGAUGUUUGAUGAUGGCUUAAUAAGCCAGAGGGAUGUGGUUUCGUGGAAUGGUAUGAUUGCAGCUUAUGCACACCAUGGGUGUGGAGGGGAGGCUAUCAGCUUGUUCAAAAAAAUGUCUAGUUUUGGUUUUAAACCUAAUGGUGCUACAUAUGUGGCUUUGCUUUCUGCAUGCAGCCAUUCUGGUAUGGUGGAGGAUGGGUUAAGGUACUUUGAUGAGCUUGUGGGAGACAAGUCCAUUCAGGUCAAGGAGGACCACUAUGCAUGCUUGGUUGACCUAUGCAGUCGAGCAGGGAAGCUCAAGGAAGCCUUUGAAUUCAUUAUGCGGCUUGGCACUAAACCAUCAGUAUCUAUUUGGGAAGCUCUUCUUGCUGGAUGUCAUGUUCAUGGGGAUGUGAAUUUAGGGAAGCUGGCUGCAGAAAAGAUUUUAGAGACAGAACCAGAGAAUGCAGGCACUCACAUGUUGUUGUCUAACAUAUAUGCUUCAAGAGGAAAAUGGAGGGAUGCUGCUAAGGUAAGGUUGAAAAUGAAGAAUAAGGGAUUGAAGAAGCAGCCAGGUUGCAGCUGGAUAGAAGUAGGGAAUAAAGUUCAUGUGUUUGUGGCUGGUGCCAAGUCUCGUUGUCAUGCCAAUCUUAUUUACCCAUUACUGUGUGAACUUCAUGCAAAAAUGAGGAAGGCUGGAAGUAUACCAAAUAAUGAUUAUAUGGAGGAUGAUGAUUUUCUAGUGAUAUGAGUUUUUUGUCUGCUGAUGUCUCUUACAGAACAAUAUAAGGGAAUACUACCAGAGAUGAUUUUGGAGAAGGAAAGCCCAUUUUAUGGUCGGUGACAUUCAUUUGUACUACAAAACAAAGUAUUUAUUGCCAUACCGGUACUAGCAAACACUAGAUAUCUUAUAAAGAGGGUACAGUUGCUAUUGUUUCUUUAUCUGCACCUGACAUAACAGGACAUUGUCAUACAUAGAGAGUUUGUGCCAUUCUUUCCCAUUGCUGUAGUCUUUGCUUGUCUAUUUUGCAUUUUGCAAGGAACAAUUCGUGAUAUCUUAAUGUUUGUAGCUCAAGAGGAGAUGAAAAAGAAGAGGAUUGGUUCCAACUAAGUAUUGGUACAUCUAAUACAAGCUUUUUUCUAGAAUAUGCUACUAUCCUUAACAACAGCGCAAUGGCCAUGGCAACAGCAGCACGAGCAACAAUUAAAGCAUUUCCCACUAGUUGUAUUUAACUUUGCUUCUUUUGAAAAUGCUGAAAUAUUCCUUAAGUAGCUCCGGAUGACAUUUAAAAAGAUGGCACUAUCUUGCAUGGCUAAAGGUUCUUAUCAUUCUCCUUUACUCGCAAUCAGCCUUCUAUGUUUCAGCUUAAUAUAGAUGUGCAUUUACUGUUCCUGGAUUUCUCAUUUACUUCUUUGCUUAGGAUGUCAUUUACUGUUCCUGGACAUGAAAGUCAUGUCCCUGUGUUGUCUUAGGAUGAGCAUUGCCUAAUACUAACUCAUAUUUGAAAUACUGUUGGAAUGUGAGUUUGGUUUCGAUUCUUUCCUUUCUAUUGGGGAGCUAUUGAUUAACUUGAACAGAGAGAUGUAUCCUGUUCGCCUGAACAUUUUCUUAUUUGUUUUCUUAUCCUUGUAGCAUUGUUUUGUCAUGCUUUCCCUCCAAUUAGAGACCUGUUUAAAUGUUGUCCUUCUGUUUGCGAAGCUGAAGUUGAAAUCUUCAUUUGCAGGUCUGCUCCUUUGCAAUUUCUAUCUACUUUCGUCUGCUAACCACUGCAAGUGCUUGCUGCUUUGGGCAUAAGAAGGGUUAUAAGUAGGGGGAGAAAAAUCAUCAAAUUGGUAUCAAAUGUCAUGUCAAAAGGUUGACAAAUUCAAGGAUUUUUUGAGGAGUUGAUGCAUAGUUGCUUUCUGUUUGCUCUUCCCAUUGUCGAAGAAAAUGAAUCCAGGACCAGAAUUUGAAACGUAAGAGAAUUAGGGAUCAAGAGGAGAUCAAAAGUCAGCCCAAGGGGUGGUCUCCCAGCUUCCUAAGCCAAGGAAUUGGCCCAAGCUGCCUUGACUUGAGGUCAGUCAUCUAGAUUCUUGGUUGCUUCAGGUUUGGCUUGUCUCAAAUCUUGGUUAUUUUCUGCACAAAAGUUUGCUUAUAAUGAAUCUUUUUGUCAAUAGAUCAGAUAUGAAUGUUAAAAUAUAUAUAUGAAAAGAAAAUCCAAACAGAGUGAGGCCAAGUUUGAGCGAAGCAAAAGCCUAUUUUCACUUCCGUUUUACCUGAGAUGUUCAAUUUGGGUGGGGUGGCUUGCAGCUUUAAUUUGGUCAUAGAAUAUGACAUUAGGGGCAGAUAAUCUCUCCCUUCUCUAAUUAUUAAAAGUUGGAUGAAAUGCCCCACAAACAAAGCAAUGGAGUCAUGGUGUGGCUGACUUGACACCUACAAUUGGGUGCUAUGUGGUCCUGCGCAUUUAUCAUAUGUCUACUUCAAUCUGCUUGUUAGGGUACAAACAAUGCCCACUUACACAAAAUGCUCUCUCUUGGAUUCAUCACUCAAUUAUUGCCUCUGUUACUUUCCUACUGCAACGUUUCAAUGUAACGUGAUGGUUAAAAAGAAAGCAUUAAAGCAUUUGGUAUAGAUGAAAACUGAUCAUUAAAAUUCUAAAAUACUACAUUGUAACAUUUAAUUUAGAAGCACUUUACUUAGAAUAUAGUACUAAUUUUCAUGAACUUUGCAUACAUACCCAGCAUGGAAGCAGGUCAUAAUCUCAAUAUCCAACUCUCAUAUAUUCUUUACUUGCCGAUCUU